UACCUUCAUAGAAUGAUACAUUAAACAGCUGAUUUCAAGUUUUUAUUUUCUAAUGCAGUGUAGUAAACAAAUGAUUUAGAUUAUUGAGAUAUAAUGCGAAUAUGUAUGGUCACGGAUUUCUUUUAUCCAAGUAUAGGCGGUGUAGAGGAACAUGUUUUUAAUUUAUCUCAAAUUUUAUUAACCCACGGACAUAAAGUCAUUGUAUUAACACACUCGUAUGGCGAUUGCAAAGGAAUUCGUUACUUAACGAAUGGUUUAAAGGUUUAUUAUUUACCAAUUAAGCCAUUUUACAAUCAAUGCAUACUGCCAACAAUACUAUGUCAAAUACCUCUAAUACGGUGUGUGCUACUAAGAGAAAGCAUAGAAGUUGUACAUGGGCAUUCUGCAUUCAGCACGCUGGCACAUGAAGCAAUGAUUAUAGGUAACAUGCUAGGUUUAAGGACAGUUUUCACGGAUCAUAGUCUUUUUGGCUUUGCUGAUUUAUCGGCCGUUUUUACUAAUAAAAUGUUGCAGAUUAAUUUGGCAAAUGUAAAUCACUGCAUCUGUGUCUCUCAUAUUGGUAAAGAGAAUACUGUGCUGCGUGCACGCAUACCGAAAGAAAAUGUUUCUGUCAUACCAAAUGCUGUCGACACUGCCUUAUUUACACCAAAUCCAAGUAAACGACCUACAGACGGUACAAUUAACAUUGUUGUUGCCUCGCGUCUUGUUUACCGUAAGGGAAUCGAUUUGUUAGCCGGUGUCAUUCCACGUUUUAGACACACGCCUAAUGUAAAUUUUAUUAUAGUAGGCGAUGGACCAAAACGGGACCUACUCGAAGAGAUACGAGAAAAGGCCAAUAUGCAAAAUCGCGUUGAAUUAAUAGGAGCAGUUGAACAUUCUCAAGUUCGCGACAUUCUUGUACGUGGGCAUAUUUUUGUAAAUACAUCACUCACUGAAGCGUACUGCAUGGCUAUAGUAGAAGCAGCUUCAUGUGGUCUACAAGUAGUGUCCACCCGGGUGGGUGGUAUUCCCGAAGUAUUGCCAUCAAAUUUAAUCAUACUUACGGAUCCUGAAAUUGAUUCUGUUUACCAAGGAGUACUCAAAGCUCUUGCCCGCUACACACAGUUUUGUAAAAAACAAAAGCUAUACCCAGUCGAAACAAGUAUUGGAAAAAGUGGCAUGUUUUAUAGUAAUGGCGUUUCGAUCGGCAAUGGCACAAAUUCAACUACAAAAGCAAAUAAACGGAAGAAUAAUAAAAAAUAUACUCAUUCAAACUUAAAUAAACAAAAAGAACCAAAAAGUAUUGGAGAUUUCGAAAAUCAUGAAGACGAUGCCGUUCUUUGUCCAUAUAGAUGUAACGAAAUUGUGUCAACGUUAUACAAUUGGGAGAAUGUUACACAACGUACAGAAAAAGUAUAUAAGCGUAUUUUAGCCGAACCUGAGAAAUCGCUUGGGGAAUUACUUUACGGUUAUCUGCGCAGUAAAGUCUGGCCAUUCCUGUUGGUGAUAUCUAUGGCACAUGUUAUACUAUUAUUUUUGGAAUAUUUACGUCCACGUCGAUAUAUGGAAAAAGCCAAAGAACUGACACUCUUGAGAAAACAAUAAACUACAUUUAUUUUUGAUUAUGAAUAUGUACAGUUUAGUUAAAAUUUAAAUUACUAGAAAUACAAUGUAUUUUUAUAAGUAAUAAUAAGCCAUUUGCUGGGUGCAUUUUAAAUAAUUUUAACAUACAUAAAUUUUUCCUUACUACCAAACCAAAUAAAAUAAUAUUAAAAUCUUA